GGCAGCGCCAUUUUGAAUGUGCGGCUGCCGCGGGCGUUAGUGCGGUAGGCAGGGCUGCGGGCUCCGGUAUCUAGCGGUCUUCUGACUUCCCAUGCUUCGUUUCCAUAGAUACAUGUAGAGACAUAUACAUAUAUCUAGGCCUGUAUUCGGUAUUUGAGGCGAACUCACUAAGAUGAUGUUAAGAGGAAACCUGAAGCAAGUACGCAUUGAGAAAAACCCGGCCCGUCUUCGCGCGCUUGAAUCCGCGGCCGGCGAGAACGAGCCGGUGGCCGCGGCGGCCAUGGCGCUGGCGCUGGCGGGAGAGCAGGCACCGCCUGCCCCAGCGCCCCCGGAGGACCACCCGGAGGAAGAGAUGGGGUUCACCAUUGACAUCAAGAGUUUUCUAAAGCCGGGUGAGAAGACGUACACGCAGCGCUGCCGCCUCUUUGUAGGGAACCUGCCCACCGACAUCACCGAGGAGGAUUUCAAGAGGCUCUUCGAGCGCUACGGCGAGCCCAGCGAGGUCUUCAUCAACCGGGACCGUGGCUUCGGCUUCAUCCGCUUGGAAUCCAGAACACUGGCUGAAAUUGCAAAAGCAGAGCUGGAUGGCACCAUUUUGAAGAGCAGACCUCUCCGAAUUCGUUUUGCUACACAUGGAGCAGCUCUAACCGUCAAGAACCUCUCUCCAGUUGUUUCCAAUGAGCUUCUAGAACAAGCAUUUUCCCAGUUUGGUCCAGUAGAGAAAGCCGUUGUGGUUGUGGAUGAUCGUGGUAGAGCUACAGGAAAAGGUUUUGUAGAAUUUGCAGCAAAACCUCCUGCACGAAAGGCUCUGGAAAGAUGUGGUGAUGGGGCGUUCUUGCUAACAACGACUCCUCGUCCAGUCAUUGUGGAGCCCAUGGAGCAAUUUGAUGAUGAAGAUGGAUUGCCAGAGAAGCUAAUGCAGAAAACUCAGCAAUAUCAUAAGGAAAGAGAACAACCACCACGUUUUGCUCAACCUGGAACAUUUGAAUUUGAGUAUGCAUCUCGAUGGAAGGCUCUUGAUGAAAGAAAACAGCAGCGUGAGCAGGUUGAUAGAAACAUCAGAGAAGCCAAAGAAAAACUGGAGGCAGAAAUGGAAGCAGCUAGGCAUGAACACCAAUUAAUGCUAAUGAGGCAAGAUCUGAUGAGACGUCAGGAAGAACUCAGACGCUUGGAAGAACUCAGAAACCAAGAGCUGCAGAAACGGAAGCAAAUACAACUGAGACAUGAAGAGGAACAUCGUCGUCGUGAGGAAGAAAUGAUCCGACAUAGAGAACAGGAGGAAUUGAGGCGACAGCAGGAAGGCUUUAAACCAAACUAUAUGGAAAAUAGAGAACAGGAAAUGAGAAUGGGUGAUAUGGGUCCCCGUGGCAUAAACAUGGGAGAUGCGUUUAGCCCAGCACUGCUGGGUAACCAAGGUCCUCCUCCAAUGAUGGGUAUGAAUAUGAACAACAGGACUAUACCUGGCCCACCAAUGGGUCCUGGUCCUGCCAUGGGACCAGAAGGAGCUGCAAAUAUGGGAACUCCAAUGAUGCCAGAUAAUGGAGCAGUGCACAAUGAUAGAUUUCCCCAAGGACCACCAUCCCAAAUGGGUUCACCUAUGGGGAAUAGAACAGGUUCUGAAACACCUCAAGCACCAAUGAGUGGUGUAGGUCCUGUGAGUGGUGGUCCUGGUGGCUUUGGUAGAGGAAAUCAAGGGGGCAACUUUGAAGGUCCUAAUAAGCGUCGUAGAUAUUAAACAUUCUUCCAUUCCUGGCUAUUAGAAAAAAAAAAAAAAUUCAGUGGUAUGCCUUUACACUUUUACCUGUUACCUAAAAGAAAUGGUUUAUUGUUAAUGUAUGUAGACAUAAAAUUUUUCUUUGUAAGA